AUGGCUCCCAAACCAGAUAUCCAGAUGAAUGAGAUCCUCCAAGGCCUCAAGAGUGACAAAGCAACUCAGAGGCAUCAGGCGAGGGAAGCCUUGAAGGCGUUCUUCGAACGCGCCUCGACGAUCGCCAACUUCGAUGAGAAAGGCGACGGCAAAUACUGGUUGACAUUGUACCAGGUCCUCUUCGAAUGUCACAACAAGGAGCUUCAGGCAUGUGUCUCCAAAACAGGCGUUCUCCAGACGCAAGAGUACGGUCGAGGGGGCACUGCGCUCAAGAAGCUUCGCGACAUGGCAUCACUCUUGCGCUGGAUCACGGAGCGCAAUGUUGAACGCCUCAACUCUCGCGUCCUCAAGUCUCUUCUGGUCCACCUCUCGCGCGGACUGGUGUAUCGCGGAACACUCCUCUUGCCGGUAGCGUUGGAUUUCUUGAAGACAACCAGCUUGAUCCUCCACUACCGGCCCCAUCUCUACGCUCUCAAGGACCCGAUGUGGCAUGACCUGGUCGCCGUUACGUUCAACAUCGCCCUUGGCCGGUUGCCCAGACGGAAGCUAGCGGAGGAUUUGGAGGCAACCGCCGAGGAAGAGCAGGACUCAGAAAUGGAGAUCGACGAUUCCUGGACGUUCAUGUGCUUCGCUGCCAUUGCCCAUGCCGAGUCCGUCGCUUCACCGGAUCAGUCUGCAGACAAGACCAUCUGGGACCAAAUAUGGACGCACUCUAUGAGGCGCGCCAACGUGCCAGCCGUCUCGCGCGCCGCGUGUCACACAGCGCACAUCCUCCUCCAGCACUCCAAACGUCUUCUAUCGCCUCAGCGCGUCUUGGUGGAGCUGGAGUCCUUUGCGAAGGACCUCGAUAUCCAAGGCCCCGCGUUUCCUUACGACUCGGUCUGCGAUCUCAUGGUCCUUUGCCUGCGAAUGGCGAAUCAAGACGUACGCCUUUACCGCAUGCAAAUGGAGGAGAAAGUCCUGUCUUGGCUCAUGGAGUCCUGGCGAACCAGCAAUGAUCGACGAACUUCGAUGCCUCUGCACACCGCCGCUCACAUCCACGCCCUUUUGGACAGCAUCACUGGAUCAUCCAAGAGGGUGCGGCUGCAAUGCGGCCUAAUUCUGCCCCAUGGCGCCAUUGUCGAAUCCAUCGUCGAAGACUCUCGCACCCGCGUCAUACAGGAUUUCCAGUUACAUGCACGUCUUCCUCCCCAUCAACCGUCCGUCCAGGCUCCCUCAUAUCGCGCGAGCACAACCCAUGCGAACGCUGACGGCACCCAUACACGACCCGCGCAUUCCUUCGGCGACAGUAAAGAUCUUGUUCCUCCUAGAGGUCGCGAACGAAGACUGGAAUCCUUUUUGAUCAAAUCUCUGGAACGAGCACUAGCAGCGUUCGACGCCCGGGAUACACGCAGCUUCCCAACGGCAGAAUGGAUCCGGUCGUCGAUGGAUCUAGCGGUCAUCGCUGUCUGUUUCGAAGCAUCCCUAGGCAUGAACGGUACACAAUUCAAUCGCCGUGUGCUUCAAGCUGCCUGCAAGCUGCUCACUAAGGCCUUCUCAUUCCUGCUCGACCACCGUUGGAAAGCGGAAGAGCGAAGACUCAUCCUACAAGCCCUCGAUCCUUUAAUAUGCGCUAACGAUGACCUCGGGAGCCAAGUCGGCUGGGAUGCCCUCGUUCAACCGGGACAACACACGGGAAUCAGAACGCAGACUUUGAGACGACUCCAAGCUCAGUCUCAGUCUAUUUCUCCCGAAAUAGGUCUUCGGCGAGAAUUACAGAGAUUUGUGUUCCGCACUUCCGAUGUCCAGGAUGCUUUCACGCAGCUUCUCAAGGGACUUCAUCAGGUGCUUCGGAUUGUCGCUGGCGAGGAGGAACCCUCGGUGGAUGACUUCGAAACCACGCGAGCCGCGCCAAGUGUCACUUCUUCCUCUGCAGAUGCCGCAAGCAUAGUUCACAAUCGUUACAUCCUGGAAAUUUGCGUCACCGCGCUCUCUGUGAUCCCUGUACUACAGUCCCCAUCCGGAGAGCCCACUAGAAGCAAGGAUCUCACUGACAUCCUGCUGGAAUGCAAGGCGGACGCGUUCCUCCUCCUCGCCCCUCCGAUCUGCAAACAGCUAGGGCAGAAGACGCUCAGCGUCGGCAAGGAAACGCUAGAGAAGCUUUUCGUAAAGCUGGACGACAUAUGCCUUCCGUAUACCUACCAGCACAGCGAAGACACCCUCCUGAUCGUCGUUGGACUUUUGGACUCCACCUCGAAUGUUUGGCUCCAUCCAUCUGUGACCUCUACAAGCCUCGGAGACAUCGCUCACCACUACUGCAUCCAAACCGUAGGCCGUCUUCGACAGCAAGCUCAGAGAUCGUGGCGUGUUCAAGACGCCAUCAUUCGCUUCCUCGACAAGUACCUCGUUGAAGAUCCCAAGCAGGUGUUCUGGCAGCUUCCUCUCGAUGGCACUCAACCCGAUGCAGCCGACCUCCCAGCGACGGUACUACCUGAAUUCGGGAGCGACCCAGACAUCAGGCUUCGUUUCCGUAUUGCAACUGUCUGCCCCCAUCUGUUCACAGUCGGUCGGUUGGCUGGACGAGACCUGAUGAGGGAUGUGUACCCCGAUAUUCACAACAAUCUGUCCACUAAUCCGCACGAUUACGAGAACAUCCUAACCCGCCUCCUUUGCCUGGGGAACAUCGUCAUCUCCGAGGCAUCUGUUAGACGUGGCGCAUACUGGCAUCUCCUCGAGGUGGCCUAUGUCUCCCAGGCUUACCUCCCCCAUCUUCGAGCCAUACUCGCCGGUGUCGUUGAGCGUCUCGGUCUCAAGUCGCUCUCUGAUCUGUGCAGAUGCUAUGCCGCACAAUUCGCGUAUUCGAUCCGCCAGGCUCAAAUGGACUUGUUGAAGUUCCCCCCGGAGCUCUUCGGCUACAGAGAUCGUAGGGAAUGCGCCGAAGCCACGUUCCGUUCUUUCUCACCGACAAACCUGCUGGCGUCCAGCGAUGCUGACACGAUGGAGUUUGGCAAGCAACUCUUCGUCCGGCAUUGCCAAGCGGUACAAAAGACGGAGCAGGCAGGAUUGGAAGAGUGUUUCCCCAACAUUGUGGCGUACGAAACCCCUAGGUUCUUCACCCAUAAUGCAGACGAAAAUGCGGAAUCCAAACUCGAUGCGAAGCUCCUCAAGAGGACCGGCCUCACUCAGGCCCCGGAGUUGUAUCAGGAACGGCUUCGGCGGCACGCAGACGAUAUCGUGGUUAGCAUUCUGAAGUCCCUCGGAGACCAGGACAUCUCUGCCACUGGUGACAUCGCGAUGUCUAUGCGAGGGGAAGAUGAGAAACAGCUUUUCUCCGAGAUCGACCACUGUCCUCUCGUCAACGAGCAAUAUCGGCUUCUCAACGCAGUCUCUCUUUGGAUCGCCUUCCAUCACGAUCAGUUCAAGAACGAAAUUCUCCUUCGCACACUGACCCGUCGCGCCACCACGAUGCUGGAGCACUUCGACUUGGCUCGAGGAGCUCAGUCCUGCUUGACUGUCCGAUCCAGCAACAUUGCCUUCGACUUCUUGCAGACUACCGACGACCACCAUCUUGCGCUUUUAGGCUCCGACCUCAUGUCGUUGCUUGAGAAGCACGCCCAACAUUCUCUAGGUCAUCCCGUUUACGGAAGUUUGCUGUUCAAGCAGGCUACACUCUCCGACUUGACAUCAGUUCUCACUGACCAUGGUGUUUCCUCGAGCAAAUUCCGAUUGGUACGCCGGAUUUGCGACCUAGCAAGUGGACAAGAUGCAGACGAGCAGUUUUCUACAUCGGACUUCUGGAAGCUCAAGGCAUGCAUCCCGCCGGAGAACAGCCUUGUUGACAGCGACAUCGACGCCUUCACUUCCCUUCUCAUGCUCAACUCCGGUCGCGUCGACAGCAUUGGGAGGAUCGUUUCGAACCCGGAAGCGUCCCCGCGAUUCUCGUGGCUCUUCGUGACGUGCUCGACACUUCCUCAACCUCUCAAGUCCACGUGGCCUAUCGACAUUGCGCACGCUCCUCUCAAGCUGCUCUACCUGCAUUCUUUCUCCAAGCCUUUCGCUCCCGGUGUCCCACCGAAUGUACAGGACAACCUGCUCAGCGAUGCGAUGGUUCAUCUCGCGAAGGAUUUCGAUGCAUGGAUCGCCCAACUCACAACACUACUCUCUAAUUUCCUCGGCGCGCGCGACACCUUCUUCUCACCGCUUGCCCCUAUGCUUGCUGCGGACCACUCCUUUGCCGAAGACCUCCUUCCCGUCCUAGUUCACGCACUGCUCCAGCUGGAGUGCGAUUCAUCACCUUACGAUAAGUCUGACUCCAUGCGCGUCGUCUUAUCCACAUACUUCACCUCGAUCCUCUCUUAUGAAGAAGCAGCUGUUCCUUGCUAUCGUGCAAUCAUUGCCGUGGUUCUACAUCUCCGAAAUUUCUACCCUUUCACCACCCUCACGACCCUCUCGCUGCCGACAAAUGGUUUUCAAUCGACUUCACUCUUCUCACUUGCCUCCGAUUCUUCUGGUUCCGAUGUAUCAGACGGCUCCGCAAAGGAACAGAUCAUGUUCGACAUCUACAGCCACAUCGACGAGCCCGAUGGUUUCUACGGCAUUCAAACGGAUAAUCUCCGCAACUUCUUCGUGCAACGCCUGCACCACGAAAACCAGUGGGACAAAGCGUUCCGAUUCCAUGGAGCAAUGAUCGAAUCCGGUUCUUGUGCUUCCUCGGCCACCGAUGGGAUCGUGCAAUCGCUAUCCAACUUUGGGUUCAAUCAUCUCGCCCUCACCACGAUGCAAACGUUCUCGGCGGAUUCGCAAGCGACGUCGGAGUCGAACGCGGUAGCGUACAACUUGGGUUGGCGCGCCGAGACGUGGGACCUCCCCGAUAACCUCGGAGACAAUCAGUCUGGGAGUACGCUGUAUCUCGCUCUCCGUGCAGUGUAUCGCGAACGGAAUCCCCAAGCCGUCGAUUCAAUCUUGCGCCGGGCCUUCACUCAGGAGAUGACUCGCCUACGGAAUCUCGGUAUUGAGAACUUCGUAGAGAUCCGUGAAGUCAUCCAGGUUCUGCUGUGUUUGCGACAAAUCAGGCUGUGGCGAGGCAACGCUCUCCAACAGGAUCUCCAAGCCAAGCAGCUCGGUGCCACGGAGUGGAAGGAUCUCGUCACGAUCGGGCCGGAUUUCGAGUUCGGCAACAUGGAGGCCAUCAUGGCGACUCGCAUUUCUCUUAUCCGUUCGGCCCGACAGAAGGAGCAGCGCAACCAGAUUGGAGACCUCGUCUCGCCGUUUUGUGCAUCCUUGAUCGACCUAGAGAAGAGCAGUCUUCUGUGUCUCUCGGAACGUUCUCGCAGCAUGGGUCAAGCUCAAUUCGCCCUCAACUCUAUUUUGAAAGCGCAAACGCUGGAGCAAGGUCCUACAUCCCAGACAUCCCAAGAGUUUUCUGACGUUCUCUGGCUUAUGAAGGAACCCAAGUUGGCCAUCAAGUCCCUGAACACGCUGCUAUCCGCUGUAGAUAUAUCACUCCUCUCUCAAUCUCAAGAUGUCGUUGCCAAGACGCAACAUGCACUGCUGCUGUCUCGUUUGGGCACUUGGUCCGGCGAAGCUUCCAUGAAGAAGCCAAGCGGCAUAUUGGAGGAAUACUUCAAUCCUGCUACAACCUUGCUCUCAAGCAGCGACAAAGCAACAUCCUCUUCAUCCCCCGACGACCAAGCUACCGUCUUCCACCAAUACGCGAUCUUCGCAGAACGCCAGUACCACAUACUGUCAAAGUCUCCAGACGCCUUGCGUCUCAAGUUCUACGUCGAUCGCAAGACAGAGGAGACCAAGCAGCGAAACCUCCUGCUCUCACAGACUCCUUCCAACAGUUCCGAGGCUCACCGGAGGAGACAAGAGCACGCAAAAGCAGAGAAGAUCUUGCAACAGGACAAAGAGCGCUACGGCGAGCAUAUUGACCAACAGAGGGCCUUCUUGACCUGUGCCGUGGACAUGUACGCAAAGUGUCUCUCUGCGUCGGACCGCUUCGACGAUGACUCUCACAUUCGCCUCUGCUCCCUGUGGCUGGCCAACUUUGACACCAAGAACGAAGACCUUGAACGUUCGAUAUGCAAUUCCAUCAACCCGGUUCCCUCUCGCAAGUACCGCUCUGAGGGCGACAACGCCAGGUUCAAUGCAGCAAACACAGCCUUCGUUGAUGUCUCUGGCAAGUGUUGGUCAUCAAACCCCGAUAAAGUCGUCAAAGCGUUCAACAAGCUCCGCGAUGUCUUCCCCCCGUUAUGCGACGAUACUUCACCGAAAGCACAAGACGCCAUGUCGUGGUUCGCGAUGCGUCUCCACUACUCACGGAGCGUUGCGACGACGUCGAUCGUUGGCCACAUACUCGGACUGGGCGACCGACACACAUCCAACAUCUUGAUGGACAACAAGACAGGAGAGGUCGUCCACAUCGACCUGGGUAUCGCUUUCGAGCAGGGCAAGCUGCUGCCGCAGCCCGAACGCGUUCCUUUCCGACUGACUGCUGACAUGAUCGAUGGGCUGGGCAUAUCUGGAACCCAAGGCGUCUUCCAGCGAUGCGCAGAGGAGACGUUACGCGUGCUGCGUGACGGAUCCGAGACCAUUCUCACUGUCUUGGAGGUGUUCAAGUACGACCCUCUACAUUCCUGGUACGCUGGUCAUUCAAGUGUCGAAGGCGCGAGCGAGUUCAAGAUUAAGCGUGCGCAACAACAUGUCAUCGAUGAGACGGCACAUGCGCACGAGGCCGCGGACCGUGCUCUCAGCAGUGUCUCGCGGAAGCUGGACAAGACACUCAGUGUUGAGUAUACGGUGAACGAGCUCAUCACCGAGGCAAGUGAUCCAGGGAAUCUUGGGCUGAUGUACACGGGUUGGUCACCCCACUACUAA